CAGUGAAAUAUAAACUGAUUGAAUAUUUAGUGACAAGAGUGCUUCUACAAUCGUUAAAAAUGAACGUGAAGGCAAUUCUUACAUUCUUGACCUUUGCUCUAAAUCCGUUUUUCGUCAAAGGGUACUGCAUACUUACAACAAUGGAAUUGUCCUGUAGAGAUACAAACUACACAAAUUUCAUACAAGCUUUUUACGCGCAGUCAUGUAAGACAGAUAAUAUAUCUUCAUCUCUAACAAUUACUUUGGAGGACUCAAUUUUCUACCAAAUAAAACACUUUCCCAACUUGCCUUUAUCUGUACAAAACUCCACGACAACGUGUCUAACUAUAAAAAGUUCUUCAGUGGAAAGUAUAGAUAAUAAAGCGUUCCAAGAACUUACUGAUCUGAGACGUCUAGAUCUAAGUUACAACAAAUUACACAAUAUUCUUUUCGUCCACGGUUUGUCGCCUGUUUUGGAGGUGUUGAUUCUAAACAACAACAACAUCAGCUACGUAGACGAGGUGUUUGGAACCCUCAAACACCUCCUACGUUUGGAUCUCAGCUACAACCGAAUUUCAAUCUUAGAUUUUUGCAGAGUCUUUCGAGUGCAGCAUCUAAAUUUUACUCAUAACAGAAUCGAAACCUUAAUUCCGUCGAAAGAAUCUUUUAAAAUAUAUGAAUUAGACCUGAGCCACAACAAAAUCACAGCUUUUAGUGAACUUGAAUUAAAUUUAGCGUUUCACUUGUUAAAUCUUAGCCACAACGAACUGAAGUCUCUUGUGCUACUUCGGAACGAUAAAAAGUUUCUUGGUCUCUCUGCAACUAAUGUCAGCCACUUAAGAGUAAAUAAAAUUGUAAAAAUAGACGAGUUGGAUCUAUCAUCGUCUACAACUUUUUUGGACUUUGGUAACAUUAACAUUAUACCUACACAACACUUGUUUCUAAAGAAUAGUAAAAUAGAAGUUUUAAACAGAUCAACGUUAAACAUCUUUGAUAACUUUUUUAAAUUUUGGCCAUACGAGCCUAGGAUAGACUUGUCAAAUUCCUCUGUGAAGGACAUAUCCCCACACUACUUCAAAAACCUUCGAACUUUUUCUCUAAAUCUAAGCAGCAAUCAUAUAGCUCUGAUAAAGAACAAAGUAUUCCUGAAUUCAUCAAUAAGGAUUUUAGACCUCUCUAGUUCUAAUAUAGAAAUAAUUGAGUGCUCAGCAUUUGAAAAUUUGGUGGCUGAAGUGAUACGCUUGAAAGGAAAUAAGUUAGAAAUCGUCAAUGAUAUUUUUGAUGGGGUCAACGUAAAGGAACUGGACUUAUCGUUUAAUUUAUUCAAGGUCAUGAAGAACCACUCGUUUGUUAACUGUCGUGGUCUAGUCUUCUUAAAUUUGGAGCGUUGCCUUAUUGAAAGGAUUGAACCAGAAGCUUUCCUAGAUUUAAAUGAACUACAACAUUUAACACUAGCCUACAACAAGCUUCUUAUUUUAGAAGCGAAUAGUUUCAACAAUUUGCCGAUUAGAAGACUCAUCUUGAAGGGGAAUAAAAUUGAUACUAUCCGGAACAAUGCUUUCACUAAUCUAAGUAACUUGAAGGAAUUGAAUUUGUCUAAACUGGGCUUGCGUAACGUAGAAUCAUACGCUUUUUACAACUUAUCUCGCGUUGAAACGAUUGACUUGAGUUACAAUAAUAUAGCUAUAAUUCCCCAUUACUUGUUUAUCGAUGUGGACAACCUAAGGACUGUCCGUCUUGAAGGGAACCAUAUUACCACCUUAAACCCUUUCUCAAGUCGGCUGAAAUUGAAUACCCUUUCCAUAACCCUCAAAGGAAUCUUUAAAUCCAGUCAGAUCUUGAAUUCUAACAUCAGAUACCUUCAUAUAAAAGACUCAAAAAUCGAUGUUUUGCAGAGCAAUUUCUUCGAUGGUCUUUACAACCUAAUGGAACUUCACUUCAGUAAUAGUCACUCGUAUGUGGCGACUGGUGCUUUAAACAAUCUUUUCAAAUUGAAAUAUUUAGACUCCCAGUCGUUAUUUAAACAUAUGAAAACUAUAAAGCAACACACUUUUAAGGAUUUGUUGUCUUUAGGGCACCUGGAUCUUUCGAGGCUUUCUUUGCUGCAUCUAGAGGAAAAAGCUUUUGAUGGUAUGACAAAGCUUCAAACCUUGCUGUUGAAUAACAACAAUUUGACUGAAUUGCAAGGAGAUACUUUCUACGGUUUGGAGUCUUUGAAAACCUUAGAUUUAUCUAGUUCUAAUAUUGGUAUGUGUGAUGAUAAAUCAUUCGUUGGAUUGAAGUCUUUGGAGGUUCUAUACUUGCAAAAUAACAGUUUAACUGCUAUUGAAUCCCAAUUGGUAUUUGGAAGCCUGAGCAGUUUGUUGGAUCUCCAUUUGGAACACAACAAUAUUUCUUCAAUAGACAUGAAAUCAUUUUCUGGUCUGAAGAAACUGUUACGUCUACAUUUACAAGGGAAUAACUUGGAGGAUAUACCUAUAGGAGCUUUCCAAUAUUUAACAACGCUGAAAGAUUUAAAUUUAAGCAACAACUUGAUACAACUUUUAAAAACCGGCGCUCUUUCGAAUUUGCAGAGCUUGGAAUCGUUGGAUUUGUCUGAUAAUGAGUUGGUUAAUCUGGAUUAUGUGGAUAUAUUCUUUUCAUUGAAGCAAUUACAGACCGUCCGUUUCGAUGGAAAUCACCUGAAACAGUUCGAUUUUAGAAGGUUUCUGGUAAAUUUGAAGAAAAUCAAGUACGUAGGAAUAUCUUACAACAAGUGGAAAUGCGAUACUCUCUCUUAUAUGAUAGAAAGUUUUAAUAACAGGAGUAUCGGAUACAAGCCAGAUAGACCGGUGUUCGAUAACGAUAAUAUAGACGGUGUAGGGUGUGUAGAUUUAUGCAAAUUUGUGUAUUGCCCUCCCGAAAUUGUUGAACAGACCUUACAUAAUUAUUAACGUGUCAUAGAUUAACCAUAUAUUUUUAUUUUUGCAUACUUUC